AUGGCUUCAAGUAAACUUGUGAAUAAGGCAUGGAUAUACUCUGAGUAUGGAAAAUCUGGGGAAGUGUUGAAGUUUGAGGAGAAUGUAGGAAUUCCUGAUUUGAAGGAAGACCAGGUACUGAUCAAGGUUGCGGCCGCAGCAAUCAAUCCAGUUGAUUUCAAGAGGAUGCUUGGCUGGUUCAAAGCCAUUGAUACUCCUCCCCCUGUCGUUCCAGGAUUCGAUGUUGCCGGUGUGGUGGUAAAGGUUGGAAGCCAAGCGAGAAAGUUUAAGUUGGGAGAUGAGGUUUAUGGUGAUAUCAAUGAGAACUCUGUGCAAAACCCUAAGAAAAUUGGCAGUUUAUCAGAAUACACUGCUGCAGAAGAGAAAGUGUUAGCUUUGAAGCCCAAGAAUUUGAGUUUUGCUGAAGCUGCUAGUCUUCCGGUUGCUCUUCAAACUGCCUAUGGAGGUCUAGAACUUGCUCAACUUUCCGCUGGUAAAUCCGUUCUCGUUCUUGGAGGUUCCAGCGGAGUUGGGUCCUUGGUUAUUCAGUUAGCAAAACAUGUUUUUGGUGCGUCUAAAGUGGCAGCCACUGCAAAUACUGGAAAAUUGGAGUUGUUGAGGAGUUUAGGUGUUGAUUUGUCCAUUGAUUACACAAAGGAGAAUUUUGAAGAGCUCUCAGAGAAAUUUGAUAUCGUAUACGACGCAGUAGGGCAAUCUGAGAGGGCUGUGAAGGCCGUGAAAGAAGGCGGGAAAGUUGUGACAAUAGCAGAUGGUGUGCCUGUGGCUCCACAAGCAAUAUUCUUCACUCUCGUUUCAAGUGCAUCUGUUCUUGAGAAGCUGAAUCCUUACUUUGAGAGUGGAAAAUUGAAGGCAGUAAUUGACCCAAAAGGACCAUAUCCAUUCUCUAAGACAAUUGAAGCAUUUUCCUACCUCGAAACUGGCAGAGCCACUGGAAAAGUCCUAGUGUAUCCCAUCCCAUGA